AUGGAUAUGGACGACCCUUGGGGCUCGCCUUGGGCAGAUGAAAUACAGCCACCGCGUCCGGUGAAGACCACCGAGCAGUUCGACAGAGUUAGAGAAACACCGAGAGCUAGAGACCCCGUUCAAGCAUCUAGCUUGGCUUUGCAAGACCAGACGAAAUCCUUUUGGGGCGGUACGAACGCGGGUGUAUCCGCCAAUCAUGAUGAUGCGGGUUUUGGAGACUGGGCUGCUGUGCCAUCAAGUUCGGGGAUUUCACUGGAGAGCCCCAAUGAUGGAUGGGCAGGAGGUACGGAGGACAACAGCAGCGAUAAGGGGUUGAAUAAAGCACAUACAAAUGGAUUUUCAACUGGGUGGGAUGAUGCAUCCACGGCGCUGAAGGGUCCUGCUGUGAAAUUAGGGCCGAGUCUCUUACCAGAGUCUACGAACAUCGCUCGACAUCCCUCACCCGAUCCAUGGGCGUUCAUACCGGAGACUGAUGCAAAGAGCGACACAAAUAAUACUCCUACGGAAGGGUUAGAAGACCAAGCUCAAGCCAAUCGCUCUCCGACGAUCCAGCAUACCCAAGACGAUCCGCAUAACGACCAGGGCUGGGAGGACCAUAGCUUAACGAUAGCAUCCGAAGCAUAUACUGCGCCAACAAUACCGGCAAGCGAUAAUGAGGACGAUGAAAGUGAGAAGGCGACCGAGGAGGGGAUUCAUCACGGCCCUAGCGAUUUGAUCGCGCGUCCUAAUCCAUCUCCAAGUCACCAGGAUAUCGGUCCUACGUCCUCGAUACCAUCGUCUUCUCCGUCAGAUCGGAGCCAACAUGACGGACAUUUCCCAGAGUCUCCACGGACCUCUAUGGACGAGGACCCGAAACGACCUCGGGUACCUAGAAAAUCUUCCUCGAAGGUACAAGAACUUGUACAGCACUUUGAUACUUUGGCUAUGGAAGAGGAAACCAAGGAAACCAUGGAGCUGGCGAGCGGGCAUACAAGUGUCGCAGAGGGACAUAUAAAGAAGGGGGAGGAAUCCGGCGAAUCCCAAGAUGAAGAAGAUGGCGGAGACGACUUUGGAGAUUUCGAAGACGGCUCCUCUGAAGUUGAUGGCUCAGUUUUGGAACCUAGGACACAUGAGGUCGCUUCUCCCAGCCUGGUAUCUAAUACCACAAAGGAAGUAACGGGAUAUCUCUCUCAAGAGGCCCCGUCUCCAGAUCGCCCGCAAAAGAAAGACUAUGGACCCAUUGAAUUCAUCCCCGAGAUAUCUAUUGUGGACCGAGUUUAUCCCGACAUGAACGAGCCGUACUCUGGCGACAAAUGCUUCAUCCCUGAUGUGGUUCCCCACGAUUCUUUUACUUCAACGGAAGAGCGGAAGAUGUGGUAUAGAAUUUCUAGAUACGGCCCUAUGAGGCAACACAACACAGGUGAUGAUGAGAAUUAUGUACGAGUUAAUUGGACAAAAUCCCAAGUCCGAGGGGAAACUCUAAAAGUAGUGGGCCGAUGGAUCGAUGAAGAUCGUAUCAGCGGGCGCGUUGUACUUGGAGGUGGCAGUAAAGCCGGCUCUAUGUUUGGCUGGAACGACACGAAAGCCAAGCCAGCUUCGAUAUCAACUGCCUUUUCAGCAAAGAAAGCAAAAGAGGCCAGAAUCCUCAAGGUUGCUGAACCAGCUGCUGAGGUUCCCAGAGAAUGGCCCAAAGGUCUCGUCAGAGAUCGUUCAACAUCAAAAGGCCGCUCCUCGUCUAAACCUCGCAGACGGAGUUCGGUCAAAUCUAUAAAGACCCCUGAGAAAUCCAAAUCCGAAAAGCAACUGCCAGUUGCAGCCUUUGGUUGGAGCACCGAUAUAAGUUCGGACAGUACCCAAAAACCGUCAGCACGGCGGCCAACUUUAACUCAUCGAUCAUCUGGAUCAACCUCAAGCAUUGUAUCGCCUAUUAGUAAUGCGUCAGUCUCGAUACAGAACGCUCCUUCGAGAAGUUUACCUCAAUCUUCAAGUAGUAAUUUGAAGCCCACAGGUCGUACCCAACAAACGUCAUCUCCAGUUACCACACUACCGACCAUCUUAUCCCCUUCAGUUCCACCACAAUCUUCACAAAUACUAGCAUUAGCACCUACACCCGCGCAUAAUUCCAACGAAGCCGAUGACUGGGGAGAAAUGGUAUCGUCACCGAUAACUGCAACUCCGCCAGUUAUCCAGCCAUCAAAAGGGUUACGCCACAAAAAGUCACAAAGCCUCGGAGGGUUCAUAACGUCAGCAAAGCAAGGGCCAACCUCCCCUCAAGCCCAGGCACCCUACGAGCCAACCCACCGGUCAACAGCUAGCUUUGACAACAUCUUGAUUCCAGAAACUAGGAGUCUUCAAAGUAUUAAAGCUGCUGGCCCAAACAACCCCUCCCACAGCAUGGCCAUAGAUUCAGGUGUCCAAGCCGCCCAACCUGCAGCUGCGGCCCCUAUAGCAAGCAAUGUAGAUCCCUGGGCUUCAGCAGACUUCUCGUUCUUUGAGAGUGCAUCUGCGCCACCAGCCCCGCCCGAGAAACCAGCUGUACCGAUACCUAGGACAGUUCCCUCGCGGAUCAUCUCAUCUCCGAGGACACAUAUCAUGGCCAGUGCUUCUACAAGCCGCCGGAAAUCGAGGCAUGAGGUGGAACAGGAUAGGAUUGUGCAAAGCAUCGUGAAGAGCCUACCAGAUCUCUCGUACAUGCUUAAGAGGUAG